AUGGCGGGAGAAGUGCGCCAACCAAUAGACCUGCGGUCGUUGGAACAGUAUGUUGUCCAGAACGUGCCUUCGCUCAAGACCCCAUUAGACCUCAAGCAGUUUGGCUUUGGUCAAUCCAACCCUACCUACCAAAUCACCACCGCCGAUGGAAGGAAGUUCGUCCUGCGCAAGAAGCCCCCGGGCAAGCUGCUCUCCAAGACAGCGCACCGCGUGGAGCGAGAAUACCAGAUUAUCCAGGCCUUAGGACAGACCGAUGUGCCUGUCCCGGAGGCUCUGUGCCUCUGCGAAGAUAACAGCGUUAUUGGCACUCCUUUCUAUAUUAUGGAAUUUCUGGAUGGUCGGCACUUCACCGACCCAUCAAUGCCCAAUGUGAGCCCCGAGGAGCGAACAGCACUAUGGAAGUCGGCAGUGGAGACGCUUGCCAAAUUCCACCGGGUCGUGCCCAAGUCCGUAGGCCUUGAAGGCUUUGGCAAGCCGACCGGGUUCUACGACCGCCAAAUCGCCACCUUUACCACUGUUUCGAAAGCCCAGUCGCGGGUAGUGGACAAGAACACCAAAGAGCCUGUAGGCGAGCUCCCCUAUUUUAGUGAUAUGGUCCAGUUCUUCUCACAAAAAUCGACCCAACCGCGCGACCGUGGCACACUUGUGCACGGUGACUACAAGAUUGACAAUAUGAUCUUCCACAAGACCGAGCCCCGAGUCAUUGGCAUCCUUGACUGGGAGAUGGCUACGGUUGGACAUCCUCUCUCCGACUUUUGUAACCUGACCAGCCCAUAUAUCAUGGAUGGAGCGGACCACGAGAUGGACCGGUUUCAACCAGGGCGAGUUCCGGGACUGCCCUCGCGCGAAGAUUGCAUUUCCUGGUAUAGUGCGGUAUCAGGCUACAACCCAAUUGAUGAUAUUCUCUGGGGGGAUGCCUUCUUCGCUUUCCGUGGUUCGGUCAUUAUGCAGGGUAUUGCAGCACGGUUCGCUGCGGGCCAGGCCAGCAGCGCCCGCGCGGGUGAUUAUGCAAAGCGGGCGAAACCAUUUGCUUUGGGUGCUUGGGAGCGAGUGAAAAGGGUGCAGCAGCUGGCCAAGCAAAAGGGCAAGCUCUAA